AACGGAAGUGAGGCAAGCAAACAAACGAAGGAAUUUAUUUUACAUCAUGGCGAUCUGGAAUGAAGAAACCGAAGGGCAACUCAUCAGCCUGAUCCAGGAGAGGCCAGCUCUGUUCGACACUACAGAGAAACGGUACACGAACCGAACAGUGAAAAGCGGACUCUGGCGAGAGAUUGAAACUCAACUUGGUUUACCAGAGAAAGAGCUCAAGAUGAAGUGGGAUUCUCUGCGAACCCAGUACACCCGGAACAGGAGACUUGCACCUUCGAGAAGUUGUGGAGCACUAAAGACGGGCAGACAGCAGUGCAUCCAGACCUGGCUGCAGUUUCUAGAGCCCUACACAAGGAGGAGAGAGACUACUUCAAACCUCACCAUCACGGAACCUCCGGUGGCUGCAGAAUCACCCCCCGAUGGCACCAGCAGUGAAACCAGCACCCCUGAGGAGCCCUUCCUCUUUGAUGCCGAGUCAAGGCCCUGUACUCCCCUGACAGAAUCCACCAUCUGUGGAACAGAGUCCACACUGGCACCGCUCGGAGAGGGGCCAAGCACACUCCGUCACUUAAGCACUCUAAGGCCUCGGGUGAAGCGCAGCAGGAAGGAUGAGUCCUCCAGUGAGGCGUCAGAAACGUUGAUGCGUACGAUGGGCAGGACCCUGGAACAUUUAACUUGUAAGGGUGAACAAAAUGACGACAUCGCGGCCUACUCAAAAAGCUUUGAAAGCAGACUGCGGCAGGUGCCACAUGAUCGGCUGCCACACUUCCUGCAUGAGGUGGACAAUAGCUUCUUCAAGUAUUUAACUGGUGUUUUCCCUCUGGAUGAUUGGAGUGAUGAGUUCCUUCAACAUGUGAAAAUGAACAGGGAAAAGCCGAGCAAAAAUGUAUCCAUUUGAUGUUUGUCAAUUUCAAAGAUAAUUUUGCAAGUCAAAAAAAUAAAAACGUGUGGUAAAACUGUGAA